CCAACAGCAUCUGAGAGAUCGAGCUGAGCGGUUGGUCGGUUGAUGGGUUAAACAACAACAAGCUCGGCGAUAUGAGGGUUCCCGGAGUACUGAUUUGGGCCGCUUUCCUCAUCCAGAGGGUGGUGGGAGAGUAUGGCAUGGCCCAUUUCAGUGAUGCGGGCAAAAGCAAUGGGAAGGACUACUGCAUAUUCUUCAAGUCCCAGUGGGCACGUCUACCUCAGGACCUUAAUAAAGCAUCCCAUCUUCAGAUCUAUGACUUGACGUCGUCGGUCCUUUGCUCGCCCUCCGAGGUCCCAGAGGGGGGCUUUCCAAACCGCAUCCCCAUGGUGAUGAGGGGCAACUGCACCUUCUAUGAGAAGGUCCGCCUGGCCCAGAUCAAUGGCGCCAAGGGCAUCCUGAUCGUCAGCAAAGACAGGCUGACUCCACCAGCAGGAAACGAGAACCAGUACGAGGAGAUAGACAUUCCUGUAGCUCUGCUGAGCUACACUGAUAUGCUGGACAUAAGCAAGACUUUCGGUCAGGGGAGGCUUGUUGCCAUGUAUGCUCCCAAUGAGCCGGUGUUGGACUACAACAUGGUGAUAAUCUUCCUGAUGGCGGUGGGGACCGUGGCCGUCGGAGCCUACUGGGCCGGCAGCAGAGAUCGCAAGAAGCGUUACAUGAAGCAUAAGCGCGACGACGGCGCGGAGAAGCAGGACGAGGAGACGGUGGACGUCACCCCCAUCAUGAUCUGUGUGUUCGUCUUCAUGUGCUGCAACAUGCUGGUGCUGCUCUACUUCUUCUACGACCACCUUGCCAUUUGGGUCAUCGCCAUCUUCUGUGUGGCCUCCUCCGUCGGCCUCUACAGCUGCCUGUGGCCUUUCGUCAGGAGGAUUCCUUUCUGCAAGUGCAGGAUCCCAGAGAACAACUGGCCGUACCUGCACAAGCGUCCGCAGAUCCGCGCACUGCUGCUGUCGGCCAUCUGCGCCAGCAUCAGCAUCGUCUGGAUGGUGUUUCGCAACGAAGACCAGUGGGCCUGGGUGCUGCAGGACACGCUGGGCAUCACCUUCUGUCUCUACAUGCUCAAAACUGUCCGGCUGCCCACGUUCAAGGCUUGCACUUUACUGCUGUCGGUUCUGUUUGUUUACGACGUUUUCUUCGUAUUUAUUACGCCCCAUUUCACGAAGAACGGGGAGAGCAUAAUGGUGGAGGUCGCGGCUGGCCCCUCGGACUCCGCUCCUCAUGAAAAGCUGCCCAUGGUGCUCAAAGUGCCCAGGUUAAACUUCUCUCCUCUGGCUCUUUGUGACCGGCCCUUCUCCCUCCUGGGCUUUGGGGAUAUCUUGGUGCCAGGUCUCCUGGUGGCGUACUGUCACAGAUUUGACAUUUUAACCCAGUCCUCCAGGAUCUACUUUGUGGCCUGUACCAUUGCGUACGGCAUCGGCCUGCUGAUCACGUUCGUGGCUCUGGCCCUGAUGCAGAUGGGCCAGCCGGCGCUGCUCUACCUGGUGCCUUGCACGCUGCUCACCAGCCUCGCCGUGGCGCUGUGGCGCAGGGAGCUGCGCCAGUUCUGGACUGGAAGUGGAUUUGUGCCUCCCAUAGUCCUCGCACCGAUCAACCCCACAAUGACCGCCGAGCCGCAGAUGGAGGGACUCCCGUCCAAAGCGGAGCAGCAAACCCCGGAAUCCACCGUCGAGAGCGAAGAGACGCCCGACGCCGAGGAAACGCCCGACGCCGAGGAAACGCCCGAUGCCGAGGAAACGCCCUCGACGCUGGAGACGAGCGACGAGAAAAUCAGCAACUAGUACAUUUUUAGCUGCACUAAAUAUUGAUUUGUUGUUUUUUCCUGGGGUUUCUCAGUGGAGAUCCAAGGUUCUCUUGAUACAAAAAGGGAAGAACUGUUCGGUUCAAAUGUAUUGAGACAGAGAAAAGUGAAGAUUUGUUUAAACUGCUGGUAAAGAUGUGUGAAAAAAACACCUUAAAAUAAGUUCAGCUUUUAUUGCAGCAGCAUGGAUGAGAAAAAUGAAUAAUUUUUUACCAAAAUUAUCCUUGAAACUGUUGAUGACAAUGGUGGAGAUUUUUUUUUUUUCCAGUUUAACAAAUUUUAAUAGAAAAUGUCAACAAGCUUCCCAGGAUUUUUGCAGGAGAAAAAAAGCCCAGAGCAUCACAGAUUCUCCACCGUGCUUAACAAUAUUUCAUUUUUACUUUUGAUUAUAACUCGUAUUUCCUGUGGCUUUGUUUCCAUAAGCUUCUGAAAUGUCACAAGAUUUGUUUCCAUACAAAUCACCAAGAUCAAGACCAACAAUUAUUUAUUUUUUUUCUCCACUAAAAAAAAAUGCACUUCAAUUAAAGGUUGGAUUUAUAAAAAAUUAAAUCUAGACUAGAUCAUACAUAUGCAAUACAAGUUCAUUUUAGUUUAUUUUAGCGGUUUUGUCCACAUCUGUAAUGAAAGAAAAUUCUAAUGUAAACUCAGCUCACUCUGAUCAAAGCGUUUUCUCUCUUAUUGAUGCUAAAAGAUCGGCGACAUUAGCAGCAGCUUACAGUCAACUUGGAAAUCAUGGAUUCAACAUAUGUGUGUUUCGACGGGGAAUAGUUUGCAGAUGUUCACGUGAACAUCUCCAAACUUGGAUAAUUUGAUGAAAUAAGAAAAUAAAUCUCAGCUUCUCAACUGUGAAAAUUUAAAUCUGUAAACGGAUUUUUUUAUUUUAUGUUUUAAAGAAAAAAGAAUCUUGUAAAUAAUCUCCUGUCGCUGUCGUCUCUAAUUUCUGUAAAAUGCCCCUAACAGAUGAAGUGUGGCUGUAAAGAUCAACUCUGAAUGUUUGGGUGUCUCUUAAACCGACACCAUCGCCAAACUCAAGAAGAACCCAAAUGGCUUUUCUGUACUGCAAACAGGUUUAACUGGGCCUUACUGGUCUAAUCAAUGUGUUGUUAAAAAAAGAUGUCCUAAUGAAGACAGAGCUGAUGUUUCCGUUUUGAAAGGUUGCUGGUUCUGAAACUUGAUUGUUUCCUGUUGCAUUAUAAACUGCAGUAACGACAAACCCUUUAAAACUGAACCCAGAGUUAACAGUUUUGUUUUGUUGUUUUUUUUACAUAUAUUUCUUAAAACUUUUAUUUUUUUUUCCUUUUUAUCAUAUUUUGUAACGUUUUAUUUUGCAUGCUAUGGUUUUUAAUUGUACAUUUUCUAUCAAACUAUCAUAGGACGGUACAAAAUGUCGCUCACUGACUGCUGCAGUUUUUUCAUGUCUUAAGAUUUGGCCUUAUUGUGUUGGUGGCGCAGAGGAAUGUGUCUCAUGGAAAAACUGCUUUAUGAAAACAAUACUGGACUCUAAACGUGCUGCAGUUUAUUGGACAGGAGUGACCAGCUGUGUUAAAACUCAUUUCAUGCAUUUGCACUUUUUUUUUUUUUUUUGCUCAUGUAUGUUUUUAGCUAUUAUGAUAAAGGAUUUUUGGAUGUGGAAACUAAUAGUGAAACGUGUUCAGUGUUCCCCCUACUCCUGACCUGAGGUCGUAACAAACGGCAGAUCUCAGCAGUCAGAGAGGAUAAGCUGGUUAAUCACAGAAUAACCACCAAGUGUGUGUGUCGGUGUGUGAGGCUGAGUUGUGUGGAGGUGAAAAUAUAUUUCAUGUGGGCAGCUGAGAUGUCAGAUUUACAGGACAUGAAUCACCAGUAUACUUUCUGUUGUCACCAAGUGGUUUUUAAUGCUUCCGAGCGAUAAUUAUAAUAAAAAAAAUGUAUUUAAUGUUUGUUUCUUUGUUUUCCUACAUUAAUGUUGUCAGUAUCUGUAUAUUGCCUUCAAAAAGGACAUUUUAAAUUGUCAUGUUACCUCAAAAAUUAUUGUAUAUUGUUGGGAGUUUAUAUAGACUACAACAAUAAAUGUUUCAGAAA